AUGUCCAUCGGGGUCAAGGUCAAGAUCAAAGGACAAUAUCAUCCAAGAUUGCCACAUUGCCCGCCCUGGCGGUGCGACGCCAUUCGCUCCCGCUGCGCGCGUCUUCCGAGGCGUCAGGGCUACGUCAGCGGCCCCGGGGUCCCAGGGCGGCGCCUGGCGCGACGACCCCCCUGCUGCCUGCGACGCGCGGUGGGCACGACGCGCACCUGGUGGGUGGCGUGGUCCCCCGUCAGCCCCGCCGAGACCCCGGGGUCCCAGGGCGGCGCCUGGCGCGACGACGCCCCUGCUGCCUGCGACGGGCGGUGGGCACGAAACGCACCUGGUGGGUGGCGUGGUCCCCCGUCAGCCCCGCCGAGACCCCGGGGUCCCAGGGCGGCGCCUGGCGCGACGACCCCCCUGCUGCCUGCGACGCGCGGUGGGCACGACGCGCACCUGGUGGGUGGCGUGGUCCCCCGUCAGCCCCGCCGAGACCCCGGGGUCCCAGGGCGGCGCCUGGCGCGACGACGCCCCUGCUGCCUGCGACGCGCGGUGGGCACGACGCGCACCUGGUGGGUGGCGUGGUCCCCCGUCAGCCCCGCCGAGACCCCGGGGUCCCAGGGCGGCGCCUGGCGCGACGACGCCCCUGCUGCCUGCGACGCGCGGUGGGCACGACGCGCACCUGGUGGGUGGCGUGGUCCCCCGUCAGCCCCGCCGAGACCCCGGGGUCCCAGGGCGGCGCCUGGCGCGACGACGCCCCUGCUGCCUGCGACGGGCGGUGGGCACGACGCGCACCUGGUGGGUGGCGUGGUCCCCCGUCAGCCCCGCCGAGACCCCGGGGUCCCAGGGCGGCGCCUGGCGCGACGACGCCCCUGCUGCCUGCGACGGGCGGUGGGCACGACGCGCACCUGGUGGGUGGCGUGGUCCCACGUCAGCCCCGCCGAGACCCCGGGGUCCCAGGGCGGCGCCUGGCACGACGACGCCCCUGCUGUCUGCGACGGGCGGUGGGCACGACGCGCACCUGGUGGGUGGCGUCAUCCCCCGUCAGCCCCGCUGAGACCCCGGGGUCCCAGGGCGGCGCCUGGCGCGACGACGCCCCUGCUGCCUGCGACGGGCGGUGGGCACGACGCGCACCUGGUGGGUGGCGUGGUCCCCCGUCAGCCCCGCCGAGACCCCGGGGUCCCAGGGCGGCGCCUGGCGCGACGACGCCCCUGCUGCCUGCGACGGGCGGUGGGCACGACGCGCACCUGGUGGGUGGCGUGGUCCCCCGUCAGCCCCGCCGAGACCCCGGGGUCCCAGGGCGGCGCCUGGCGCGACGACGCCCCUGCUGCCUGCGACGGGCGGUGGGCACGACGCGCACCUGGUGGGUGGCGUGGUCCCCCGUCAGCCCCGCCGAGACCCCGGGGUCCCAGGGCGGCGCCUGGCGCGACGACGCCCCUGCUGCCUGCGACGGGCGGUGGGCACGACGCGCACCUGGUGGGUGGCGUGGUCCCCCGUCAGCCCCGCCGAGACCCCGGGGUCCCAGGGCGGCGCCUGGCGCGACGACGCCCCUGCUGUCUGCGACGGGCGGUGGGCACGACGCGCACCUGGUGGGUGGCGUGGUCCCCCGUCAGCCCCGCCGAGACCCCGGGGUCCCAGGGCGGCGCCUGGCGCGACGACGCCCCUGCUGCCUGCGACGGGCGGUGGGCACGACGCGCACCUGGUGGGUGGCGUGGUCCCCCGUCAGCCCCGCCGAGACCCCGGGGUCCCAGGGCGGCGCCUGGCGCGACGACGCCCCUGCUGCCUGCGACGGGCGGUGGGCACGACGCGCACCUGGUGGGUGGCGUGGUCCCCCGUCAGCCCCGCCGAGACCCCGGGGUCCCAGGGCGGCGCCUGGCGCGACGACGCCCCUGCUGCCUGCGACGGGCGGUGGGCACGACGCGCACCUGGUGGGUGGCGUGGUCCCCCGUCAGCCCCGCCGAGACCCCGGGGUCCCAGGGCGGCGCCUGGCGCGACGACGCCCCUGCUGUCUGCGACGGGCGCCCCGCCGAGACCCCGGGGUCCCAGGGCGGCGCCUGGCGCGACGACGCCCCUGCUGCCUGCGACGGGCGGUGGGCACGACGCGCACCUGGUGGGUGGCGUGGUCCCACGUCAGCCCCGCCGAGACCCCGGGGUCCCAGGGCGGCGCCUGGCGCGACGACGCCCCUGCUGUCUGCGACGGGCGGUGGGCACGACGCGCACCUGGUGGGUGGCGUGGUCCCCCGUCAGCCCCGCUGA